AUGGGCAACAGCCAGCUGGAGGAGGACCUCCAGAAACAGCGCAAACCCCCCCCUUGGCAUCUGCGUGAUGCACCUCCUGCAGAGAAGCUGAAGCUGAAGCAUCGGUUCAUCCUGCUCAUGGCGCGGGAACCCUGGGAAGAAAACCAAGCGCCCGAGAAGGCGCGCGAGCUUCUCGGCCAAACCUGGAGAAGUGCUGAAACACCUCUGCGGGGGGGGAGCAAUCCUGAUGCGGUCGGGCGGCGGAAAUCUCGUAGGCUUAUGAGAAAUCAGCCAACGGAUUCAAAGAGGCUGAACGUGCAGGUCCGCAACCUCAACCGCUUCUCCACCUUCGUCAAGUCCGGCGGGGAGGCCUUCGUGCUGGGCGAGGCGUCGGGCUUCGUGAAGGACGGGGACAAGCUGUGUGUGGUGCUGGGCCCCCGGGGCCCCGAGUGGCAGGAGAACCCCUACCCCUUCCAGUGCUCCAUUGAGGACCCCACCAAGCAGACCAAGUUCAAGGGCAUGAAGAGCUACAUCGCCUACAAGCUGGUGCCCAGCCACACCGGGCAGCAGGUGCACCGCCGCUACAAGCACUUUGACUGGCUCUACGGGCGCCUGGCCGAGAAGUUCCCCGUCAUUUCCGUGCCCCACUUGCCGGAGAAGCAGGCCACCGGCCGCUUCGAGGAGGACUUCAUCUCCAAACGUCGCAAAGGCCUGGCCUGGUGGAUGGACCACAUGUGCAGCCACCCUGUGCUGGCUCAGUGCGAUGCCUUCCAGCACUUCCUCACCUGUCCCAGCACGGAUGAGAAGGCCUGGAAACAGGGCAAGCGCAAGGCUGAGAAGGAUGAGAUGGUGGGUGCCAACUUUUUCCUGACCAUCAGUGUCCCCACUGGCCCUGGGGCCGGCCUGGACUUGCAGGAGGUGGAAAGCCAGGUGGACGGCUUCAAAGCCUUCACAAAGAAGAUGGAUGAGAGCGCCCUGCAGCUUAAUCACACGGCCAAUGAAUUUGCCCGCAAACAAGUCACUGGUUUCAAGAAGGAAUACCAGAAGGUGGGGCACUCCUUUAAGUGCCUCAGUCAGGCAUUUGAGCUGGACCAGCAAGCCUUUUCGGCUGGCCUCAACCAAGCCAUAGCCUUCACUGCAGAAGCCUACGACGCCAUCGGGGACCUCUUUGCAGAUCAGCCCCGGCAGGACCUAGAUCCUGUGAUGGAUUUGUUAGCGCUGUAUCAGGGGCAUUUGGCCAACUUUCCAGACAUCAUCCACGUCCAGAAAGGAGCCCUUACCAAAGUAAAGGAGAGUAAGCGGCAUGUGGAAGAGGGGAAGAUGGAGCUCCAAAAGGCUGAGGGCAUUCAAGAACGCUGUAACAUUAUUUCUUUUGCAACACUAGCAGAAAUUAAUCAUUUCCACAAAAUUCGUGUGAGGGACUUUAAAUCACAGAUGCAGCAUUUCUUGCAACAGCAAAUACUCUUUUUUCAAAAAGUGACACAAAAGCUAGAAGAAGCUCUUCACAAGUAUGACAGUGUUUAAUCCCUGAACUUUGAGUUGUGGACUUCCCUCAGCAUGAACGUGACCCGGGCAGCGGAGCAAACGCUGCUGCUGCUGCUGAAGAACUGUUGCCAGCGGUAGAUGGUGGUACAAGGAUGGUUUUGUGUUCACCUGGAACCCCGGUUUAAUCUCCGAUUAUGUAGAAAGGAAACAGUUAUAGGGCUAUGUAGUAGAAACAGUACCACGCAUUGUAACUAAGUUAUACUGUGUAUGCCUACACUACCAUUGUAACUUUUUUGAAAUAAUGAGUAUACUAUUUGCCUUAUUGCUUUUUGAAAUACAGUAUUUUAGUGCAUACUUUGUAGACCUCAAAACCCUUUGGGUCUUUAAGGAAGUUGGCUAGAUAAAAGCCUGCUUCAGAUGCCUUUUGACUUUCCUAGAUUUGGAUUUCCUAAAUUCAAACAAUUCUCUGUUUACAGACUCCUACUAGAGCAGCUAUGUGAUUCUGUGCCUUUAGACUCUUUUUCCUUUUCUAGUAAGUCACAUUUUUAUGAUUGAAUGAAUGAAGGGUUGAUGCCUAUGACAGGAACUGAUUAUGAAACCUCACACUGACUGGAAAAAAAUCAGCUGCCAUCCAGUUUGCACAGCAAGUACUGUCUUACAACAAAAGUUGGCUCAAAAAGGAGAACUUACAUCUAUUCACGCUUUCCCUGAAAAUAGAGACUACUUGUUACAUGUACUAAGAUGUUAAGCACAUAUACAAAAAUACACCACUUAAUUCCCUUUCUGAAAUGAAUAAUACAGUGAGGGGUUUUUUUUUCAGUAUACAGCAUUACUGUGAGUGGAAAGUUGAAGAGCUGGCCUAAUAAAAAUGAUGUAUAUCAAGGGGAUAUGAAUGCAAGCUACGUGGCUGGAACAUUUUUUUAAGUUUGAAAUGAUCUGCUCAUUGUUCAGUUGCUGAUUCAGUUUAACUUCAGACUUGCAUCUACAUUGGCAGUUGUCUGAGUUGAAAUUCCACUGUGAUUCAUUAGUUUACUAAGUUACAAGUUUUCAGGGAUGUUCAGUAAUAUAAAUGGCCUGAAAUAACUCUUGGCUGAACUGACUUGGAAAACAGGUGGCAUUUUUAUGUUUGUAACACUCAAGAAUUAACAGUUGUCUUAAUUUUUUUAUAAAUAUUUUUGACAAGCAGUGUGCAUUUAUAUAUAUGUAAACACUAUCUUUUAAAGAGUUUUCUGGCUUAUUUCCCUUGAAUUGAGUCUGAAGUCUGUGUUUCUUACCCAUUGGUUUCCUUCUUAUAGGUCAGUAUGAAAGAGGUUUUUUAUUUAUCCUAUCUUUUUUCUCCUAAACAAAAAUAACAAAACCUUCCAAGAAAGCAAAAUGUUUACUUUUUUGUUUUUAAUUAAAUUAAUCAAAGAUAGCCUAAACAAAUGAAAGCCUGGAAAAGGAAGUUAAGCAACAGUUACAUUUAAGUACAAAUCAUUCCUCACCUAUGCAGCAGAAAUGUGCGGUUCUUUUGCUUGAUCAUGUGAGUUUCUGUAGCUUAACCCCACACCUCUGUUUUAGAGGAAUAAAUGUAAGAAUGUAGUUUUGGUUUUAAGAUUCAUCCCCAAAUGCUUGGAGACUGCUAUUUUGCGCAAGUUGUGUUUGGCAGUGCUUCUAGUACGUACCCAAAGAAGUAAAAUAUGGAAUAAUGGCAAGAAAAAAAACAGUAUUUGUAAAAGAAAGGACAAUCAGUGAGGAAAGACUCCAUUUCCAGGCUAUUAAGAGUGCUGCAAACAACAAGGUUGAGCAUAUAAUAAGGACCAUAGUCAUAGGGCUGGCUUGCUCUUUAUCUUCCUCGUGGUGUCUCAUUCUACAUUCAAAACCACCACUUCCCCUAACAGCAAUUCCCAGCAAUACUCCAGCUUCCCAUAUGUCAUUUAGUUAUGUGAGAUAGUGAUGAGCUAGGUUUGAGCUGAGUUCCAUGGCUUAUGUUUGCUUAAGCCAGAUACUGUUCUAUUAAAUGUCUUUGCAGUAAUUAGAUCAGACUACAAUCAAAUUAAUGCUACAUGGAGGUAUUAAGACCUGUUCAGAAAUUUAUUUUCGUCCAGUUGAAGUAUUCUAAGAGGUUAGUAUUAAUGACAUGUACAUGUCCAGGAGGAAAUUAAGCUGUGAUAUGUAUACAUACAACAUUAUCAGACAGGUACAGUUUUCCCAAAUAAACUGUCAUGGCCUUCACCU